AUGAACAGUGUGUCUGCGUGCAGCUGCAGGUCCUGCAUUGUUCACUGCAGAGCUGCUGCACGCUGUGUGUCUGUGUGUACCUGUGUGUGUGGUGUUUCUGUUUCUCUUUCUCUGGGACGAUUAUCACAAGAAAAAUGCCAUCCACCCGCUCCAUGAAACUGGCGGCCCAGUCUCCGUCCACCAGGAUGAGUCUGAGGAGCUUCCGCAGCUCCCCGCUGGUUCCCAUGGAGACUUCAUCCUCCUCUUCCUCCGAUGACAGCUGUGAUAGCUUCGGCUCCGACGGAGGCUUUGCAAAUACGAGGAGCAGCCUGAGACAGACGAGGAGGAUGGCACAGAAACCAAAGGUGUUUGAGGCGACAUCAGAGGAGGAUACAUGCAGCGGGUUUGAUGACAGUGUGAUCCACAGUCAGAUGAAAGCCAUGAAAGUAGACUCUGAUUCUCCGAGGCGUGGCCGCAGGUCCAACGGCUUGAAGAUCGCGAUGACGUUCCCCACCAAGAAGACGGGCAAGAAGAGGCCUGCCUCUGAGCCGCUUCCUCAAUCUAGAGUACUGGACCCUGACUCUGACCAAGAGGAGAACUUCAUGGACAAGAGAGCCCUGAAUAUUAAGGAGAACAAAGAAAUGCUUGCAAAGCUCAUGGCGGAGCUGAACAAAGUACCUGGACUCUUCCCAAGACGCAUGGCAGUGUCGGCAUCCACUACGCCUCGUCAGACACCACGGCGGUGCAUGGGAACUCCGGGAGCUCGUAGGAGAAACCCGGCGCGUUCGUCCCGACCCCACACACGGUCCCGCACGCUGGUGGACGGACCUCCCAGCCCAACUCCAGAGGAGGAGCCCGAGGACAAGUUCAGCCUGGUUCGCAAAAGCCGCUACUUUGAGGAAUACGACGAGCCACAGCCCCGUCGGCGUUCCUUCAACGGUACCAAGGCCAUCCCUCACGUGGUGCGUCCCGUGGACGAGAUCACAGAGAUGGAGCUGGACAGAAUCUGCCACAACGUGCGGGAGAAGGUCUACAACAGCUCCACUGGAUCCACUUGUCACCAGUGCCGCCAGAAAACAACCGACACUAAAACCAACUGCCGUAACGCGGAGUGUGUCGGGGUGAGGGGUCAGUUCUGUGGCCCGUGUCUCCGUAACCGCUACGGAGAGGAGGUCAGAGACGCUCUGCUGAAUCCCGAGUGGCAGUGCCCGCCAUGCAGAGGGAUCUGCAACUGCAGCUUCUGUCGAGCCCGAGACGGUCGCUGUGCUACAGGAGUGUUGGUUUACCUGGCUAAAUAUCACGGCUUUGAUAAUGUGCAUGCCUACCUGAGAAGCCUAAAAAAGGAGCUAGAAGAGAGUAGCAAGUAAAGUGUCACGGAGGAGGCUGAUCCUGAUCCUGACCUUGUUCUACAUGCACGCAAAGACCAAAUAUUGUUCCUAGCAUUGUGUUAUAAUGCUAAUUGUUCCUACAUUUCUUGAACGUUGACUGACAUCUGGUUCACAUUGUAUUUUUUGUUGUAUGUUCUGCCACAUAUUUUCCUGCCUGUCCUCGAGAGCUGAGCCCUUUUUACAUUAAGACUGGUUAAUUAUAAACUAAUCUUAGGAAAACGUCUCAACCUUAAAUUGUUGGCAGCCCACUGUGAUCUUAAAUAUAUAUAAGAUCUUUGAUGUACAUAUUCCCAAUGUAAAAAAUAAAUCGUCCUACCUACAAAAAUAUGAACUGUUUUAGAUGUACUGUAUUUUACAUUGUUUUAAAUGUAUAUAUUUUACUGCGCCCACUUGAUCCAUGAACACGGAGCAUCGAUCUUUGUGUCGUUAUGUUUUUUUUAAAUUCUAGUUGCUCUUUUAUGCUUGUGUUUUUUACAAGUUGCGUCGUCUUUUUGUAAAUCUGAAAGUGUAAAUGUUUUUGCUCAAAAUUGUUUUGCUUUAGUUGGGGUGUCCUGUAGAAAUGGCCGAAUGAUCUGCAUGAUACUGAGGUGCUGCUGCUGCUGCAGGUGGAAAGGGCAUAGACCGGGGUCCACUGCCUCUCACUUCUAAACCCGAGAGGAACUGUGUGAUAUACUACAGCGCCUGGUUAAAUAUCCUUCAUUAGAUAACUGUCACUAAUGGUGUGGAAACAAUUAGCACACUCUAAUGGGAAUCUCAUACCUGUAAAUCAUUUUAUCCUGUUAAAGCACAUUCUCGCUCUGCUCCAGUCUCUUUGGCUCAUUUUCUGCCUUACACUGUUAAGUAGGAAUGGUUGAAGGUGCCACUGAAGUGGCAAUAGAGUUAUGGCCUGCAUUUUCUGUUCAGAAGUGUAAUACUCUACACGAAACGACAUGGAAUUAACCUUUGUGUCUUUCAUCUUUGAAAUGUGCUUCAUUUGACCUGCACCAGGACACACUCUGAUUAUACGAUACUGUUUCAAAAUAAUCAACGGUUGAGAUUUCUUGUUCAGGGUAAUGGCAGGUGGAGGUUAUCUCGCUGCUGCUUGUAUUUAUCAGGCACGGUGCUGCUAACGGGAAGAGUAAUGCUGGACUGUUGAUGGGAACAUCUGUUGUACUGAUGGUUGGCUUUGUGCUCGUUCGGUUAACUGUACAUUUUCAUUAAAGCGUUAAUCACUGCGGAA